AUGUCGAGUGAUACUUCUGGCCAAAUUCGGUCCAUGAACAGUAUCCGGGCGCCAGUAACACCAGGCAAUGUCAGUGAAGCUUUCUGGGCCGAUGAUUUCAGAGUGUCAUUCAUUGACAUUGCAGCUUUGGCUAUUACCUUGGGUCUGAUGGGGACCUUUGUCGCCAUCCUAGUUUACGCUGUGCGAAAGAGAUGUGACGGUCGACGCAAUGCGUGCGAUGCCUGCCACACACGCCAACGCAGCAAUUUGAGCCACCGCGAUGAUGAUCUGGAGGACGUCGGCCUUGUUUUUGACGAGAAGGACGUGGUUGGCAAACAAGACUAG